AUGGCUGAGCAGACCUACAAUUCCGACCAGACUAUGUCCGCCGCCGAAGAGGAGGCCCUCGUCGCAUCCGGGGAAGACCUCCUGGUUGAUGACCUCCCCGAAGGCCUGAUCGAUCACCUUGCUGACUCUGCUGAGCUCCCCGUCGCCAAAAAACCGUGCUUCGACGCUGGCGCUAGCCACUCCCCCUCCUCCCCCUCCACCAACAUCACCGCCUCCCUCGAAUCGGCCCAGGCGCAUCAGACGCGCCUGCCUGCAGCCUCCGCUGCUGCUGCCUCCAGCGUGCAGCCGAGUGGCCCCCCGCCCUCGCAGACAGCCACCGCUAACGCCCCCAGCGCCCCGGCAGGCCGCGCUGCCGCUUACGCGUCCGUCGCCUCGGGCUCAAACCCGUCCCUUGGGCUGCCCACCUCUCCCUUCGCCUCGCCCCUCCCGGGUACCCCCCCCCACAACCUCCGCCGCGCACGUCUGACCGCUGUUUCCCCUUUGCUGCUCCCUCAGCGCCGCCGCGUGGUCGUGUCCCUCCUCCUCCCUGAAGCCGAGCUGGAAGCGCACCGCACUGCGAUCUUUGCAGGCAUCAACGCGAUGCUGUGCGGUUUCAUGUUCGAAGCUGGCACCAUCCCGCCUUUCGAGCAGACCGUCAGUGAUCCCCUCCGCAUGGCCCGUCGCGUCUACGGCCGCCUGCAGUUUUCAUGGCCGUCGCAGGCGGACGCAACUGCCUUCCGCAGGCUUUUCCCCCUCUCGCUCAAACUCCCCAACGCCCGCCCCGUUCUGCUCAAGGAGUCUGUGGACAGAUUCGAAGAGUUUACUGCGGCUAAGGCUGCAGGCACUCCCACCCUUUCUAUCCGUAACGUCCCCAUGGAGUACGCGCCAGAGGACAUCCGCGCCUUCCUCCUGAACUCCACCGAGCCGGACGGUGCACAUUGGCUCGCCGACUUGACCAACUUCCAUCGCGCCUCUGACCCCUACGAGGGUACCUACUUCACUCACCUCGCUGGGCUCCCCGUUGCCACCCCUGACGACCCUCAUUUCGAUCUCAUUCCAUCCGAAAUCCUGCUGGAGGCUAACAAACCUCCUAUGCUCCUGAACUUCUCCUGCCACGUGUGCGCACUCUGCUCCAACAACCAUCGCGCAUCCGAUCAUGCGGCGUUCGCAGCCCGCCGCCGUCAGCGCCUCACGAACCGGAACACCAUUUCCAUUGUGCAACUGCAGCUGGCAAAUGGUACGAAAAAUCUUCUCUCAGUUUUUGUGACUAUGUUCCCUCGCUCCUGCCGUCACUCCUCACCUCCAGCUUGCUCCCUUUCUCCCCUUCUAACUUUCCCCCCUGCUCCCCUCCAUGCCUCCCACCCCCUCUACGCUUCCCUUUCUCCUCGCCCGCCAACUAAACUCUUCCCCACCCUCCCCCGCGCUCACCUUCCAACGCCCCUGUCCCCUUUUACACCCCCUUCCCCCUUUUCCCCUCUGCUCCCGUGCCCCCCGAUCGCCCAGGCCCCGGCCAUCCCCUUACUCAACCUGUUUCUGCCCCCUCUCCCCGUUUCCCCCCCUCUCACCACCCAUCCAGAGCCCUCUGCCUCUCCUCUCUGGACCUUCUCUCCUGCCAACCCCCUCUCCCUUUCACCUUUUUUCUACCCGCCCCCCCCCGUCGUAGGGCUCCCCCACACCCACCCACCCACCCCGUACCUCCACUCCCUCCUUUCCCCCUCCAACCCACGCACGUUUCCCUCCAUUAUUGCAGUCUUCCCCACCCCAUGUGCCUUCCCCCCCCCCUCAGGCUCCCUCCUCUUCGGGCCCUCGCCCACCCAUGAACUCCCUCCAUAUCACCAACCCCCCCUCGCCCCCUCUGCUCCCCGAUACCACCCCCCCUCCCACGCACUCAUCUUCCCCUCCCACUCCAUCCCCUCCCCCCACGACACUCCCUCCCGCAACCCUCCCCACCGGAACUCGCCCUCCCUGCCCCCAGCCAACUACCCCCCCUUUCGCCCCCUACAUCUCCCUCCUUGCUCCCCACCCCGUCAAGGACCAGGCUAUCACCCCGUCAGCCCCCUUCCCCCAUACUACCCCUCACCAUGCCCAAACAGGUUGCUUUCCUCCGCCCCGGCCUCCUCUCUCCCUCUGACCAGGCUCUCACCUACCCCCGUCCCCUCCCCGCGCCUCUCCCCCCUCCCUGCACCUCCCUCCCCGCGCAGCCACGUCUCCCUCACGGACUUUCCCCUCUCAAACCUCUCCCUCACCACCCCCACCUGCCCCAAACCACCUUCUCCCCCUGCCCCCCUACACCUGGAUUUUUGUCCUCCCCCGUGCCACCUCCGCACCCCCCUCCUCCCCAUGAACGCUCCCUAUCUCACAGGAAAUAUUCUGGGGAACCACGCCGCGCCGACCGCUUUCCGCAACGACCCCGGCCUCCUCUUCAUCGGGCUGGACGAUCAAGUCGAAACCUGGACAUGCGCCCUCUGCGAUUUUACCUGCGGCGCUGCCCUCGACAGCGCUAUGGACCACAUUCAGUCCGACGAGCACACCACCCGUGUGAAGGCUACGGUCCACCGCCCGGCAGCCAAGGAAGCUUUCGGCCCUUGGCGCGCCCUCACCAUGCAGCAGAAGCCUCAGAUUGCUGCCUUUCUCCGUGGCUGA